AUGAUUGGAGAAGAAGAUAAGACGUCAACUACCAUCCUUGACAAUAAAUCAUGGCAAUGUUUGGAAUUCUACCAACAAAAAUGGGUGGCUAAUCUUGGCGUUCAAAACAAACCAGGUUUUCCACGGGAAAAGCUUCCAUAUCAAAAGAAUGAGUUAAUCCAUACAGCAUGUAUGACAUUCUUCACCCAAUACUCUCAUAUAAUUGAGAUUACUACUUUGGAAUCUAUUUUGGCAUUGUUUUGUGAACGAGAAGGAUGCGAUUUUCGUGCAAGUUAUAUGAAUAUUUUGGAAAUGUUAGUACCACUACGCUGUACAUUGGACGACCUUUACAAUAUAUUUUAUACCAUAAUAACAAAAUUUGUUCCAAGAGACAUAUCAAAAGAUGCUGUGUGUUAUCAGCUUAUGCAUUUAAUACUUCAAUAUCAUGAUCCAUUGCUAAGUUCUCAUUUGGAAUCCCAUAAGGUCACUUCAUUUGACUAUGCAAGCUUGUUUUUCGCUUCACUAUUUGCCUCAGAAAUAUGCAAGAAUGCACUAUAUAUGGUUUGGGAUAAGCUGUUUGAAAAAGGUGAUCCAUACUUGUUGUUUGCGAUGGUUUUGGUUUUUCUUAUAAAUUAUUCGGAUCAACUUAUGGCUUUAAACAGCAAAAGUGAAUUAAUUGAUACAAUCCGAUUUGCUGUGAAAGAACUAUCAGUAAACGAUGUGGAAGAUUUCUUCGACUUAUCAGUUUUGUUUUUAAAUCAGACUCCACCUUCUAUAAAACAGGAUUUCCAACGUGUAUUAUUUGGUUCUUGUCGUGCAGGAGAAGCACGAGCUGAUAUUGCAAAAUUGCUUGCUUUACCAAUUGAUCCUCGCAAUGUAAUUCGAAUGGGUUUUGACGAAAAUCUUAAUAAUGCAGUAAGAAUUUUCCAUAUAGUCCUAGGAGUAGUUGUCAGUUUAUUUUCCGUUUUCACAAGUCGCAACUUUGCUUCAUCAGUACUGUUUCCAAAACAGCAAUCAGGACCCACUUUCUUCAUUAUCGAUGCUCGAUCUCAUGAUCAAUAUUCAGCUGGUCAUUUAGAUGGCUCGUAUAAUUUGGAUUCUACUCUGUUCGUGGAAGCGCCAGCUCAGUACAAAUUAGCGGUAUCUAGUUUAGAUGCUUAUCGAUAUGCCUCUCAUCCUGAUGAACACAUUCUGUUUGUUGGUUCUGGGCGAGAAGAUGAUCUUUAUUGUCAUAUGGUUAUUGCGAAUUUCUUACAGCAAGGCCGAAAACAUAUAGCUUUAGUUUAUGGAGGGUAUAGAGCUCUUCAUGAACAGUUAGGAACCAAUUUCGAACGUUUAGAUGGACAUUAUGCAGAGCGAUGUAAGGAAUGUAAUAUAGAGUCGUCUGCUGUGGUUGAGAAGGUUUUCCAGCAAAAAUCAUCGUGGAUACGUGGAGUUGGUAGCAUUCUUGAUGCUGUAAAAGCAACAGCACCUUCGAUUAAAGCAAAAGUUCAAAAAUUACCAGCAUUGGUGAUUGGUUCAAAUGCGGAGGGAUUCACUCAUGUUGAGACAAGCCAGCGACAUGGUAAACGAUAUCGCAAUGAAAAAUCUGUUUUCACUCUUAGUGAUUCGGAUUCUGAAUUAGAUGCUGUUUCUGUCAUGUCCAAUCCAAAAUCAUAUGCACCAAAGAAAUUCGAGGAUUUUUUGAAAGCAAAUGAUGUUCUUGAAUAUUUCGAAGGUCUGGAAAUUUUUACAGAAAACACCGUUCAUCGUACCAUAGAAUGCUAUAUGGCUUUGACAAAGACCGAUAUAAUAAUUUUACACUUAUCAGAAAAGGUUGGAGAAGUCAUUUUACGUGCACGUUAUGCAUAUGGUUCAAUACUACGUGUUUCAAGCCGGAAAAAGAUCCCCGAAAUGUUAACGUUCAAAUUUGGUUAUUGCGAGGGUGAAGAUGAUUACAGGGCAAUUUAA